ACCUAACACUGACGAGGGUUAGGGUGUGUGUGGUUGUUCAUCAGGAGAGGAUCUGGUUCCUCCGGCAGCAGAUCCUGGAUCAGAGGCGGGCGGAGGGGAGAGCGCUAAGAACGACUGCAGGAGGAGGAGGAGGAGGAGGAGGAGGAGGAGGAGGGAGUCGCCUUCAAACUCUCCUGCUGAGGUUACCUGGAGGGUCUUACCUGUCUCACCUGCUGGGUCUGUCGUCAGUCAGCUGUCUGUUCUGUGGCGAGGCGCUGAGACCAGAGGACGACAACACGACAGCCUGUGAUGUCCCCCGGUGUCCAGGCGUGUACUGUCGGCCCUGUUUCCUCAGUUUGGGAAACACGUGUGUCGUCUGCGCGCGACCUCUGACCUUCCAGGAAGACGGCGAGGAGGAGCGGGACUCCAGCGAUGACGAGCAGCUGAACCCGAUUCACAUCGCAGACACACCACUGAUGAAGAGGAGAGACGAGGGAGACAGAGACAGCAGAGAGAGAGACGAGGGAGAGAGAGACAGCAGAGAGAGAGACAGCAGAGAGAGAGACAGCAGACUGGACUCUGACUCUGAGCUCAGAGCUUGUGUUUUCCCACGCUGCCUGCUGUCAGUGAAGCAGACAUGUCGUACCAGGACACAGCCGGGUCGGACGACAGCCAGGACUCCUUCUACUCCUCCAGAGGCCUCCAAACCGUCAUCGUACACGGACCGGACGAGCCCCCAAAACCUCCAGGAUCCUGAUCCAAAAACCAUCUGCUGCUUUCAGCACAAAGGAGCUCUGGGUCAAAGAGUGAACUAUCCAGAUCCUGUUUGUGGUAUAAAAGGAUCGACCGUCACCCUCCCCUGCUCCUUCACACCGCUGGAGUCUGCCAAGAUCAUCAGAGUCGUCUGGUGCAAGAACCAUGAAAUCUGUCAGAGAACGACUCCGUCUGUGUACGACAGCGAAUCAAACAACAACAACCCUCGUUACAGAUACCUGGGAGACCAGAAGGGAAACUGCACUUUACAGAUCUCAGAUCUACAGGAGGAUGACAACGCAACUUUUCGCUUCAGAAUGGAAGCUAAUGAUCCCGGAGCAUCUUUUACUGGCCAAUCAGGAGUGAGAGUCACAGUCGUAGAUCAGAUGGAGAUAAGAAGCUCCAGAGAUGUUGGAGAGUUUAAAAGAGGAGAAGAAGUCACACUGAACUGCACCACAAUCUGCUCUAUCCACCAACUGGAGGUCAGCUGGUUCAGAGAUGGCUCCGCCCUCUCAGAGACUGGCCCCGCCCUCCAUCUCAGCGAUCUGACUGCAAAGGAUUCUGGGAACUACACCUGUGGUUUGAAGAAGAACAAGCUCACCCUCUCAGAGCCGUACAGCCUGCAUGUGGAGGCUGACCAGGAAGGAGGAGGUCGGCCUCUGAUCGCUGGUCUGGUGGUCGGGGUCCUGCUGGUUCUCUUCGCUGUUGUUCUGGUCGUCUACAUCAGCAAAAGGAAGAGAGCAGCAGGUCGGGAUCAGACAGCCGUGGGACGGGACGAGGAACAAAAGCACUCUGAUAACAUCUACAGCAACGACUUCUUGCCGCUUGCUGAGCAGCAGGGACCCAGCAGCGCUGUGGAGGAAGUCAGCUACGCCUCGGUCCAGUUCACACACAAGAAGCAGGCCAGACCGGCAGAGGAGACGGAGGCCUCCAUCAUCUACAGCGCUGUAGCCAGAACAGGCUGAAGACAAACCACACCAUGAUGGCAGAUCAUGUUUUUUUUGUAAUUUUAAAUUACAUUUUUUAUAUAAUUAUCUUUUUAUGAGUAAAUUUCACAUCAAUUGACAAGUACAAAUGGAAUUACAGUUGUUAACAUCAGAAUUCUACAGAACCAAAGGUUUUGUAUCAAUAGUUUAUUUUUCCAGAUGUCCAAUGUCCAUUCCCUUUUUAAUAAUAUGUAUACAUAUAUAUCAGUUUGGCAUCAUUCAGUUGUGUUCACAUCACUGAGGUACAUUGGGAAACCCAAAAAAGUAGAAAUCAGAUAAAAAGUGGACGUUCCUUCAGCUCGUUACCUUGACAAAAUCUGGUCUUAAAGGUCUGAUGAAUUGUACCCAUUUUUCCCAGUGUUUUAUGAAUACGUCUAACUUUAGGUUGAGAGAAACAGUAACCUUUUCCAUAGUAUAUAUAUCUAUAUAUAUAUAUUGUCACAUCUACCCAAUUAUUAAUUGUAGGUCCAGUCUGCAACAUCCAUCUUUUAGUUAGGGCCUUUUUUCCUGCUGCCAGUUCUGGGGGGAUAUACCCUAAGUACAUGAUUUUGAAAUCAAAUGGUGUAUGUGUGUUAAAAACAUCUUGUAUUGCUUUAUGUAUAUCUUUCCUGUAACUUUGUAUGUUUGGACAUUCCCAGAACACAUGGUAAUGACCUGCAGCCUGACAUCCACAAUUACGCUGGGAAUUACCAUUACUUUGAUAUACCUUCAUGAGUGGAGUGAUGAAAUAUUGAGCUACAUUUUUCCAGCAAAAUUCCUUCCAUGCAUGGGAUUUUGUAGUUUUCCAUUGUAAUACACAGAUGUCCUCCCAUUCAUUGUCCAUUAUUGUUUGUCCUCCUUCCCAUUCCCAUUUGUCCUGUAUGUAUUUUGUUGAGGAAGUUUUCUGAAUUUGGAGACUCUCCUUUAUAGUUUAAUGUUUGAUUUAUAUGCAUCAAUAAAUAGCUGGACAAAGGGU